AUGAAUGCCACAUCAGCCACAAGCAGUACCAUGCCACCACCACUUGGGUCUGAGCAAGAGGACCAAGAGCACUGUGAGACACACAUGUCUGUUCUGUGGUACGCAGGGCAGCUUGCAGUCACUUACUACGACACAGAAGACUGCUCUGUUUACUUCAUGCCUGACAUAUCUGAUAAUGAAGACCUCAAGCUACUGCACAGAGUGAUUGGGGAAGUUAAUCCUCAAUGCAUAGUGACCAGUGCAAAACAGGACCAGAGUAUUGCCAAAUUCCUGGCCAACCUAACAGCUACAGCUGGUGAUAAAGAUCUUGGAAAACCAGAAGUCGUCCUGUUUCCUAACACAGAUUUUGGCCUAGAAGUCAGCAAGCAGCGGAUCCUGUCUCGGCAGUUUCCAUUUAUCCCAUCUCAUAUGACUGCAACAGAGAAAAUUCUCUACUUGUCCUCCGUCAUCCCUUUUGAGAGCCCCCUCAUGAUACGAGCUCUAGGGGGACUCCUGAAGUUCCUGGAUAGGAAGAGGGUUGGAGUUGAGCUUGAAGACACCUCUGUCACAGUCCCUAUUCUGGCCUUUAAAAGGUUCAUGCUGUCAGAGACUGUGAACAUGGAUCAAGACGCUUACUGUGUCCUGCAGAUCUUCAAAAGUGACAUCCACCCUUCCGUGUACAAGCUGUCCAGUGGCUUGAAAGAGGGCUUCAGCUUGUAUGGAAUUUUGAACCGCUGCAGGUGCAAGUGGGGAGAGAAGCUGCUCAGGCUGUGGCUUACACGGCCCACAAGGAACUGGGCAGAGCUGAACAAACGACUAGAUGUUAUCCACUUCUUCCUGCUGGCUCAGAACCACGAGACAGUCCUCACUCUUCAGAGUAGCCUCAGGAACAUUAAGAACGUGCCUCUUAUCCUGAAAAGAAUGACUCUGUCCCACACGAAGGUUGGGGACUGGCAAGCACUCUAUAAGACAGUGUGCGGCGCGGUGUGCCUUAGAGACACCUGCCGCUCUCUGCCCAGCACGAUUGAGCUCUUCCAGACCAUCUCACGUGUCUUCACUGACGACCUGCACUACAUUGCUAAUCUCAUCAGCAAAGUGGUGGACUUUGAAGGCAGCAUCUCAGAGAACCGCUUCACUGUUCGACCCCACGUGGACCCCACCAUCGAUGAGAAGAAACGAAAGCUGAUGGGACUGUCAGACUUCCUCACAGGAGUGGCACGAAAAGAACUGGAGGCCUUGGACAGUAAUAUUCCCUCCUGUUCUGUGAUCUACAUUCCUCUGAUUGGGUUCCUUCUCUCCAUCCCACGGCUACCGACUAUGGUGGAUAAGAGUGACUUUGAAAUUGAAAGCCUGGACUUCAUGUUCUUGUCCGAGGACAAACUGCACUACAGAAGUGCUAGGACGAAGGAGCUGGACAGCCUGCUGGGGGACUUGCACUGUGAGAUCAGAGACCAGGAAGCGCUCAUUAUGCACCAGCUGCAGACAAGGAUCUUGGAGAAGUCUGAAGUGCUGAACAAUGUGAUCGAGUACACUGCACACCUCGACGUGCUCCUAGCCCUGGCCGAGGUGGCGCGGGAGAAUGGCUACUGCCGGCCACGCUAUACUCACUGCCACGGCUUCCGCAUCAAGGAUGGAAGACAUCCACUCAUGGAACUGUGUGCAAAGACUUUUGUGGCCAAUCCUGUGAACAGUGGAGAGGCUACCAGUCGAAUAAAGAUCAUUACAGGGCCCAACUCAUCUGGAAAGAGCGUCUACUUAAAGCAAGUAGGUCUGAUAGUGUUCAUGGCCCUCACCGGCAGUUAUGUCCCAGCAGCAGAGGCAGAGAUUGGAGUAAUUGAUGCAAUCUACACAAGAAUCCACAGCAGGGAAUCUGUUUCUGUAGGGCUCUCCACCUUCAUGAUUGAUCUUAACCAGGUUGCCAAGGCAGUAAACAAUGCCACAGAGAGGUCCUUGGUUCUUAUUGAUGAGUUUGGUAAAGGGACCAACACGCUGGAUGGCCUGUCCCUUCUGGCUGCCGUCCUGAGGUACUGGAUCAGUCAAGGAACACAGUGUCCACAGGUCUUUGUCUCCACUAAUUUUCACAGCUUAAUGCAGCUAGAACUUCUGCCUGACACACCCCUUCUGGAGUAUCUGACCAUGGAGACCCACCAAGAUGGAGAGGAGUUGAUAUUUUUCUAUCAGAUCAAGCAGGGCAUGUCCACUGUUAGCCAUGCUGCCAACAUUGCUGCAUUGGCAGGAAUGCCAACCAAGAUCAUUGAAAGGGGGGUGGAGGUGUCAGAGCUGAUCCGCAACGGCAAAGCCAUCAAACGUGUCGACCACCCCUCCAAAGGCCAUCGGAUGGAGAAGUGCAAGGCUGUGGUGGAGAAGUUUCUUAGCCUAGACCUUGAUGAUCCUCAUGUGGACUUAGAAGAGUUCAUGUGUAAUGAGGUGCUGCCUUCUGCAGCCUCAGUCCUGUAA